AUCACUUCCACAUAAUUUAUCUACAAUUUUGUUUUUGAUAAGUCAAAUUGAAAACACACCGGUCGAAUUAGCACAACAAAAGACAUUUUUCCAUUUAAAAAUAAGUUUUUGCAUCGCCGAGUUCAAAGCAAAAUCUAAUUAUCAACAUGGAAGACCAGGCAUGUCCGCGCUGCAAAACAACAAAGUACCGCAAUCCCUCACUGAAAUUGAUGGUCAACGUUUGUGGCCAUACACUUUGUGAAUCAUGUGUAGAUUUGCUGUUCCUCAAGGGUUCAGGUUCCUGUCCAGAAUGUAUGGUGCCAUUGCGGCGCAACAACUUCCGUGUGCAACUCUUCGAAGAUCCUAUGGUGGAGAAGGAGGUAGAUAUACGAAAACGUGUACUGCGCGAUUACAACAAAAAGGAGGAAGAUUUCGCUACGCUGCAAGAAUACAAUGAUUACUUGGAAGAAAUCGAAACUAUUAUCUACAAUCUCUGCAACAACAUCGAUAUAAUUGGCACCAAUAAACGCAUCGAAGCAUAUAGGCGUGAGAAUCGUGAAGUUAUACAAAGGAAUAAAACACGUAUGGGCCGAGAAGAGUACGAGCUGGAGGAAAUGCUUGAAUUGGAGCGUGCACAAGAAGAAGCACGGAAGCAGGAAUUGGCUGAACUCGAAAAUGAACAAAAAAAGAAAAAAGCGCGAGAGAAGGAAGCGCUCAUCGACGAACUAAUGUGCAGUGGCAAAGAUGCCGCUGAGAUUGUAAAUGAAUUCGCCGAGAAGGUAGAAAAGCUACGCGAGGAAGAGAAGAAACUGCCACCACCCAAACCAGCUACACAAUUCUCGACAGGAAUAAAAUUUGGACGCACAGCGGACCAAAUGUUCCUACCGUUACCAAAGGCGGAAGAGGGACCACUAUAUGUCCAUAAAGUGCCUACGCUUUAUACGGAAGGCCCAGCUGCUCCAACUACCGCCGAUAUCGAAAGUAAAGGUUUCAUUGCGCACAUACGACCCGAGAAUAGCGCUGAACGUGCCGGUGGUUACAAAGCGAACUUAGCUUGUCAACGUGCUUUGCAAGAGGCAUUGAUGGGUCUCUACUUUGGUGCACCGACGGUUAAUUGACACGAGAAUGAAAAUAGCAUUAUAAACGAAGAGCAGUUGGAGAUCAGCGCUUAGUUGUAUUUUGUAUAACAAAGAAAUGAAUUUCAGACUUUAAUUUAACAAACUUUAACAUACCCAAUUACCAUAGACAUAUAGUUGUAUACAAUUAGUAAUUUAUAAAAGGUUUACAGAACUUGCUAAAUUGAAAUGAUUCCUUGAAUACUAGCCAUGAAAUAAUACGCAAACUUGUAAUCUAUUUAAAGCAUUUUAUUAUUAUUGUUAAAAUUUUCAUGCCCUGAAUGUCUUAUAAAUAAUACUGUUAUGAUUAUAUUCAUGUAAGGGAAAUUAGUGGAUACUUUUCAGAGGAAUUGCUCGUUUUGGUUCUGUAGAAAUAUUUCUGAAAUGUCCUAAGUAUUUGUUUCCUUACCCAGUUUAAAGCUCAGGACGGCAUGGAGAUGUUCCGAUAUAAUUCACAUUAUUUAAGGACCGACUGAAUGUGAUAACGUAUUCUUCGCUAAAGCUUUGUCUAGUACUAUCGAAUAAAUACGAAUGUGUAUUACUUACAUACACCGGUGCAGUUAAGAUUCCGACUGACUACAACCCUAAAAUUUUAGGUGCGACCUUCGACAAUCGGUGCUCCUUCACGAAAUCCUCAAGUCACUAGCCGGCAGCACAUGGCAAAAUGAUAAAAAAAAAAUCGUUGUUGGCAACAUGCAAGGCAAUCCACCGGUCGCUCCCUGAUUUUGUCGCACCUGUAUGGUCGCCUGAAUGCAGUGAAACGCAGACGAGGAAAUUCUAAACUUAUCUGAACACUGGACUCUGGACUACGACAGAAUGCCUAUUGAUGCCUCACAUUGAACAUAGUGAGGCCCGUGUUCUCCCAGUUAAGGAACUCGUCCUCAAGCGGUGCUUGCUGGGGUGCUUUCGCAAAAGUAAUCCCUGCACUUACCUGAUUGGAGCGCAAACGCCACCUAGGAGCAUCAACUAUGUGGACUAACUAACUUCCGGCAAGCACUGACCGCCAUUCAUUAACACCUUCACUGACUCUCUGUUGUUGUUUUGGCGGUUACCACCGCUCCCUCUCAGUGAAUGACGUACUUUUAGUGAAACCACCACACAUUGCAGACGAAGAUCUGGAGUUGUCGCGAGAAACUAGAGUGACUCUUGUAAAGCUUCGUUCUGGAUGCUGCAAUAGGUUAAGCUCCUAAUUAUCCAUAAUAGACCCUGACAUAAAAGUAUAUGUCCA